AUGUCUGCCAGCCCUCAAGCGACCCCCAAGAAGAAGCUGGCGGUGUGUGCGCCCGUCAAGGCUUUGGUCAAGUCGUGCACCUCCAAGGCCGGCCCGACUGCCCUGAUGGACCAGCUGUGCAGUGAGCUGCUAGCACCUGCCAACGCUACGGCCGACAGCAAGGACCCCACCAAGCUGCGUUAUGGUUGCGGCGUGGCGACCGCUGCACAGGUCGACAGAGUGUCCAGUGACCUGGCAGCCCUUGAGCCCAAGGUCACCGCCGCCGCCGCCCAGGCCAGCUCUCUGCAGGCCACCUUCGUCCAGGGAAGCAACCAAACAGCCGCGCUGCGCGCUCAGGUGGACGAGCUCAAAGCAACCAUCGCGGCGCUCACCGCCUCCGUGCAAAAGCUGCAAGCAAACGCGGCCAACGCGACUGUCCCGGGCACCAUCAUACAGGAGCUCGCCGCCUUCGCCGCCGCUGACACGCGCACCGCCCAGCAGCUGGCCGUGCUGGAGGCGGCCAACCAGACCGUGGCCCGGGACAUCGCGGCGCUCAAGUCUGCGCCGCAGCAGUGCUUCUGCGGCAUGGAGCUGUCAGCCGUCAACACCACCCUGGCCGCCAUCAAGGCAGCCCAGGCGGCGGACACGGCGGCGGUCUCCCUGGCCAACACCACCGUGGAGUCCCUGAAGGCCACAGUCACCACAGGCGCGGCAGCCAUCGCCUCGGUCAACACAAGCCUCACCACCCUGGCAGCCAAUGUGGCCAAUGUGUCUGCCAUCGACUUCAGCGUCUACGCGAAAACCACUGACCUGGCCAACAUCAACUCAGUCAGCCUGGGAGGCGUGCCCGCUGCGCAGUACCUGCGCUCACGGGUGGUGCUUUUCAGCGAAUCUAUCACUGGAAGGAAUGGAAACCUUGGUGGCAGGUCUGGUGCCGACGCCCUGUGCAGCGCCUCCCUCAACCGGCCGGCCGGGCUUGUGCAGGUGUAG